GCAGUCACCCCUCAGCUUACCACUUUCCUCUUUCCUCAACCAGAUAUGCCCGAUUCCACAACCUCACACCCACCACCACCGCCACCACCACCACCCUCAUCGGCUACUCCAGCCCUGCCUCCACCCCCACCUCCCCCUCCCAAGAGUCCUCAAACCCAACCAGUUCUCCUUCCCGCCCGCCCUAAACUGUCCUACAACCCUGAAUAUGAAGAACGGAUAAGGCCCCCUGUCAGUAGCUCCAGGAGAGCGCUGGAUACAAGAGAAGAGUUGCGACGAGAGUAUGAGAUCGAACACGAACGAGACAGGGAGCGAGAUCGGACUAGAUACCUUGAUGAGCGAGAUAGACUCCGAGAACGGGAUCGUCUACGAGAUCGGGAGAGAGAUAGGGACAGAGAUCGAGAUCGAGAGCGGGGGGACCGGGAAAGAGAACGAGAACGAGACCGAGACCGAGACCGAGAGAGAGAGCGGGAUCAGCGAGAACGGGACAGGUUACGGGACCGAGACAGGGAAAAAGAAAGAGACCGGGAUCAUGGCAUCAGGGAUAGGGACAGAGAAAGAGAAAGAGAUCGAAUAGACAGGGAGCGCGAACAGGAAAGAAUCGAUAGAGAACGAGAUAGAGAUCGGGAAAGAGAUAGAGAAAGAGAGCGAGACCGAGACAGGGAACGGAUUCGGCCAAGAGACAGAGAGCGAGAGAGGGAUUGGGAUCGGGAUCUCGAUCGUGCUCACGGUCGACUGCCCCCCUUACCACCCCCACCCCCACCCUUGCUACCUCGAGCUAGCCUUGAUCGGGAGCGAGAAAGACCAAGGCGGCACAGUCGAAGCCCACCGAGACUUGGCCCCCCACCAGUCGACCUUCGCCGUCGAUACUCUCCUCCACCUCCGCUCGGCCCGCCAAGUGGGUAUGUCUAUGAGCGAAGAGAUAGUCGGGACAGACGCGAUGCUCACGAAUACGAGUACGAGCGAAGCCGCGGAAUGGCUUUCAUGGAUCGGCGGGAUUUCGACAGAUACGAGCCACGUCGGGCUAGUCUGCGUGACGAAGAUUACGAUCGGCGGAGGAGAGAUGACUGGCAUAACGCAGGCCCUCUUCCGCGACGCACACCCACCCCACCCAGACAUCGUCCUUCUUCCUCACCAAGCCGCAGGAUUCCUAUACAGCCACCACCCCCUCCACCUCGAUUACGCCCGGUCUCGUCUUCCCGAUCCCGUUCUCCUAUCAGUCAUCAAUUCUUACCUACGUAUCCUCCUGGUCGCUCCCCGCGUCGUCUUCGACCAUAUUCCCGUUCCCGCUCACCAUCCCGCUCACGUUCACCCGUCAAACUACAUUAUCAUCCCCCAUCACCCCAAAUUGGUUCUUCAUCCCGAGUAAAACCUGCCCUUGUCCAUCCAUCCAAUCAAUCGAGUCAACCCUCUGUCAGAGGAACGUCGCAACCACCUCCACCCCUAAUCCCUCCGUCCAUUACAAAAGUUCGAUCACGAUCUUGUUCUCCACCCUCAAACCCAGGGCCUACUCAAGUACCCCCAAUCUCGCUGUCUAAAGCCGCCCCCCCAUCUUCGUCAUCUAAAUUACCUUCAUCUCAUAAGCCCCCAGCCCAAAGUUCUAAUCCUCGAGAAGAAGCAGGGACCGUCGAUACAACCUCACCACCAUCUGCAACUGCAUCUGCUUCAAUUGAUGGUUUUAAACUUCAAGUGCAGCAUCAAACUUCCGAACUGCAGCUUACCGGAUCAGCUCUUGGGCUUACCGAUGAAGCGAACCAUCUCAUCUCCAUCAAGAAGGGUUCCUCCGCAGAUGGGACCGAUCAUCGCUCGCCGUUGGAGAUCAAACCAAGAGAAAGCAUAUCAAGCACCCAGUGCCUAUCCAUCGUUACGCCCAUCGAGUCUGCGAGUGACUCUCCCCAACCAGCUUCGUCAGAUUUGAAACCAGAUCAUGUUAUCGUCAGCUCAGGUCCGGGAAAACCCCGCGCCAGUGUUGAUGCCAAUUCGGGCCCUCCUCCAUCCAUAUCCCGCCCAACUGGGAUCAAUCGGUCUACCCCUACCAGACCGGCAGAGGAACAAUUAACAAAUGAAAGACAUCACAAGAGGGCAAAGUUAGAAUCUUUUCCUUUGCCCCAAGAUCACCCAGCUGUUUCAACUCACUCGUCCCAAAGGAAAUUGUCUAAUCCUCAGGCGGCCCGUGAGGACCAUAAAUCCAAUAAGGCUGAACUCACAAAAAGUGAUAUCACUAAAGAAUCGAUCCCACCACCACCUCAGAAGUACCAUUCAAAUCUUACCCCAUCUGUCCCGCGGAGUCAUGACUAUUCCUACCACCGCAGUUCGUAUACCGGUUCUAGUUCUCAUCACAGUUCACGGGGCACUCCAGGCAGUCCGGCUUCUUACAGAGCUCCACUCAAUGCUACCUCCGCUGGGUCGCGUACUAACCUCCCGGCAGGACCGCGCUCGUGGUCGUCUCAGAAAAUUCCAGUUGCUGCUGGUGUUCCUGGAAACGGCCCUCCGAGCAAUUCUUCAGCCAAAGAGCCUACCAAGCACUCUCAUGCUGACCCUCACGAUGGUAGCUUUGUUCCAGAGCGCGCCGCCACACGUGAAGGUAUUUCGCCGAAAACUCACCCCAAUCCACUACACCCCAAGGCAUCGUCUGAUAAGCAUACACCCACACACACUAGAAGCGGAUUGAUCAGUGGCCCAACUUUGAACACACCCGCCUCGGAGGUAUUCAAAUCUCCCCUUCCCCUCUCCAUUCCCAUUACCAUACCACCUCCAGCGCCGCCCCCACCACCACCUAACCAUCUGAAACCUGCCCAGGCGCCGGUGCUCAACCUCAACUCGGUGCCCCAGUCGGGCUCAAUGACGCCGAAAGGUUUACUACCAUCGGGUAGUCUUUCGCCGACAGUCAAUUUCAGUAAGUCCGGCAUGAAUCCACAGCUCGCGUCAUCGUCGCCCUCUCCGAUUAGCGGCACCCAUGCCAAGGUAACCAGCACUGCUGGCCCGAGCACCUCUUCCCUCCGCAACGAGUUCAGUGGGCCUGGAACGACAAGUGGGCACCCCUCAAACGGUUUCCAUAGCUCUGCGAGCCCGUCCCUCGCCGCCACCGGCUCCGCCACGGCCCCCGGCCAACAGUUCAGAGUGAACAACUACCCCAGCCCUAAGAAUUUUGUUGGCUAUUCGACGACCCCUGGUUAUCCGCCCACAAAUAAUCCUUCUGCGCUCGUCGGUCAAGGACCUCCGCCACCGCCACCUAUCUUGGUUGAUAAAGAUUUUGAACGCGCCCAGAGAAUGGUCGAUGUUUGUCCCGGAUUGGCCCAGGAAAUCGCUAAGCUUCGAUCGACCCGAAACUCGGGCAUGUUAGCCUCCCAUCUCUCUAGUCAAUUCUCCACCCAAAAAGCUCUCAUGGACCUUCAUUGGCAAUCUAGUGAAUUUAAAACUAUGGCCGAAAGACGUAAAUUGGCUGAGAAUCAGUUGGAGAAAUUCGGGGGUGGGAUUAGUCUUGGGAUGGGAUUUUGAGAUAUAUAUUGAUGCUUUAUUUUAUAUCUUUCUUUGUCAUGCUUUUCUCAUCAUUUUUUGGGGGCGUCUCAUACCUUGUCGACUUUGUAAGACCAAUUGAUCUGACAUUGAGGCUGCGCUGC